AUGCAAAACACGGUACGAACGUUUGAAAAGGGCAGACUGAAACCGGACAGUUUCGCAGACAAGCGCCUUUGCGGCAUGCCGCCGGGAGUCGGGGUGUUAUUGAUCAUGUUCAAUCGAUUUCACAACCAUGUUGCCGAGAACCUGGCGGCAAUCAACGAAGGAGGCAGAUUUAGUGAGCCCUCGCCUAAAUUGGAUGACGAGAAGAGAGCCGCUGCAUUGAAGAAGCUUGACAAUGAUCUUUUCCAGACUGCCCGACUGGUCACGUCUGGUCUCUAUAUCAACAUCACCCUUGUUGAUUAUGUGCGCAAUAUUGUGAAUCUGAAUCGCUGCGACACAACUUGGACUCUUGAUCCUCGGCAGGAUAUGGGCCGGGAUGCCGGAACCACUAAAGGUGCCGAGAGGGGUAUUGGGAAUGUGGUCUCUGCGGAGUUUAACCUCUGCUACAGAUGGCAUUCUUGUAUCUCUGCUAAAGAUGACUUGUGGGUCCAGCAAUUCUAUAAAGAAUUGUUUGGCAAGCCCGCUACAGAGGUGAACGUCCAAGAUCUGGUAAUGGGCUUUGGAAAAUUCGAGAAGUCUAUCCCUGAUGAUCCGGCUGAAAGGACCUUUGGACAUUUCAGGCGAGGAUCCGAUGGUCGUUUCAGUGAUGAUGACCUUGUUGAAUGCAUCAGCUCGGCUGUCGAAGACUGCGCAGGUGCAUUUGGAGCACAGAAUGUCCCGACUUCCAUGCGCCCUGUCGAGAUACUUGGCAUACUUCAGGGACGUAAAUGGAAUGUUGCUGGACUGAACGAAUUUCGCAAGCAUUUUGGACUUAAGCCAUAUGAACGCUUCGAGGAUAUCAACUCAGAUCCACAAGUUGCUGAUCAUCUUCGUCAUCUUUACGAACAUCCUGACUUUGUCGAGCUUUAUCCUGGGUUGGUGGCUGAGGAGGCGAAAUCUCCUAUGGUUCCUGGCGUCGGCAUUGCUCCAACGUACACGAUCUCGCGCGUGGUUCUUUCCGACGCGGUCUGUCUCGUUCGUGGGGACCGCUAUUAUACAACUGACUAUAAUCCUCGGAAUUUGACUAAUUGGGGAUACAAUGAGGUUCAGUAUGACCUGAGUGUGAACCACGGAUGUGUCUUCUACAAGUUAUUCAUUCGGGCAUUUCCCAACCACUUCAAGCAGAACUCGGUCUAUGCUCACUAUCCAAUGGUGAUACCUUCUGAAAACCACCGCAUCCUGACAAGCCUUGGUCGCGUUGACAAAUUUGAUUUUUCACGGCCGACGUUGGUAUCUCCUCGAGUGAAUAUCACCUCAUACGGGGCAGCGAAGUACAUCCUGGAAAAUCAAGACAAGUACAAGGUGACGUGGCAUGAAGGGCUGUCCUUCUUGAUGGGCAAAGGUGGAGCCCGUUUCAUGCUAUCUGGCGAUACGCCGUUCCAUGCUGGCCAACGAAAGUGCAUGCACAACUUGUUAUACAAAGAUGAUUGGCAUUCACAUAUCAAGUCAUUCUACGCCCAGAUUACUGAGCAACUCUUGAAAGAAAAGAGUUAUAUCAUUGGCGGUCAUCGACAAGUAGAUAUCAUUCGCGAUGUCGGCAAUAUUGCUCAUGUUCACUUCGCAUCCCGAGUUUUCAACCUUCCCCUGAAGACAAAAGAUAAUUUGAAGGGUAUCUACUCAGAGCACGAGAUGUAUAUGGUUCUGGCACUUAUUUUCGUCACCAUCUUCUUUGACAUCGACCCGGUGAAGUCCUUCCCGCUCCGACAAGCGACGAAGACGGUAUGCGAGCAGCUAGGUAAACUUAUCGAGACGAAUGUCAAGAUAACCACGGGCUAUGGUCUGCGAGGUCUUUUCUCGGGAUCUGAUAAGAAAGACGACCCUCUCGCGAUGUAUGGCACUCGUAUGAUCAAAGGCUUGGCAAAAUCAGGCCUGAAUGCACUGCUGCUCGGGUAUGCUAUGGAAGGCAUCCGACUAGCUGGCACCUUUGGCUCCUAUCGAGAAGUUGCCACAUCUGAUACAAUCAAGGAGGAUGAUGGUCGUGAGGUCCCAGUCAAGCCGGGUGAUCGCGUCUUUGUUAGCUUCGUCUCAGCAGCCAAGGAUCCAACUCACUUCCCGGAUCCUGAAGUGGUCGUGCUGCUAGUCAAGUUGCCCUAA